UGUCGAAAUUUGAGGCUUGUGCUUUGCCCACAUGGAUAUACUGAAUUAGAAAGUGUAAGAAAUUGUUGAGCAACUGAUUAAUUGGCAGAAUGGCGCCUGCGACGCCCGCCAUGUGGCUUUGGUGAACUUGGCAGCUUGUGACGUGUCAUCUCUUCUCUUCAUUCUGACUUGUUCUGAAUUUACAGAUGACAUCAUAAAUGAACCGUUUAUUUGGUCCUUGUUUCUGCAAUGUACAAGGACUGGACAGCCAUGUUUUGGUGGCUGACAAAGUAAUAUAGAAACGUUCACCACCCUUUUAUGUGACAUCAUAGAUGCUUGUCUCUAACGAGUAGUCUAAGAUGGUUGGCAAUAGCCUUGGUGCCUGCCAAAUCUUCGUUCUUUAAUGUUUACAUAUUGUUCUUAUUAAAUUAUUUCAGGUGCUUGAAUGUCAUUUGCCUAGCUGUAGAGGAUUUCUUAUUACCCAACUAGAGGAUGGCAACUGUGCCUUUCAUGGUGAUCGGUAGAAUUCAACAUUUGAUUAUUUGUACCGUUAAGAAUCUGCUGUAGACCAAGAAUAUCCUUUAUAUACUGCUCCAUAAGAAUUGCAGGAAGUUGAUGAUCCUGGUAACCACCCUCUUUACUGGGUUGACUUUGCUUGCGUCUGAAAAUUUGACAUUUGCCAUGCUUGAUUAUUUUGGCAGGUUCUUGUGUCGUAUGUCACUAUCUUAGAUUUCUACGCCAAAUGAUCCAACCUAGAGGCAGAAAGUUUUUGAGUUUGGCAAGGUUUUGGACUCUAAUUGGCUUGGUUUCUCCCAAAAAUUGCAGACAUUUCAAGGCAUCUUCCCACCUUAGUGCCCAUCGCCUCCACUGGGUUGACAGCUGUUUUUAGUGUCUCUUGUUCCUAUAACCCUUCUGAUUGAGUCAUUCUUAUGCAAUGCCUCGGCUAAUUGCUCGGGCACUUGAGUCUGACAUGGGUUCAAGUCGCUCCUCAGAUGGCUCCGGCAAAGAGAGGCUGAAAUGGACAGAAGAGCUGCAUCAUCUGUUCGAAAAGGCAGUCAAUCAGCUUGGUGGUCCGGAUAGGGCAACUCCCAAGGGCAUCCUGAAGGCUAUGGGCAUUCCAGGAUUAACCAUCUACCAUGUCAAAAGCCACUUACAGAAGUACAGGAUAUCAAAGUUUAUUCCAGAAUCUGCCAGCAGAGGCAAGUUUGAGAGGAGAAACAUUUCUGAAUUACUGCCCAACUUCAGUGCAACUUCAGGUGCUCAGCUUCAAGAAGCAUUGAAGAUGCAGAAGGAAGCAGAAGGCCGAUUAAGCGAUCAACUUGAGGUUCAAAGGAGCUUGAAACUUAAAAUUGAAGCCCAAGGAAGGUACCUUGAGAGAAUUGCAGAGGAUUUCAAGAACAGGCUCAGCAUUACAAGAUCCAACAAGCCCUUUUCACCUAUAUCUCUGCCAUCCCUCUGUGAAGAGUCCGAAUCAAAUGCCAAAGAAUUCGAAUCAGAUUCAGAGGUUGACAGAACUGAAGUAAGGUCCGAAGAACAGUUUCGAGCUCCAAAGAGGCUCAAGACAAAAGAAGUUGUUUUGCUGUCUGGAUAUAAUGUCACACCACUUGAUUCAGAAUGCUUUAAUCAAAGCUUAUUUCUUCCUCAAGGAGCCAGCAUUGAAUAUUCAUCUGAUGAAACUUGCUUUCCAUGGAGUUUCACAGCCUGCAGAUCACCUUUGAUGCCAUCUUUUUACAACUCUUAUUAACUAAUUAGCCUAUGUGUUUUGGCUUAAAUAAAACCCCCAACAUCGUGUGGCCUUUGUUCGUGGUCAAUACUUAUGAAUGUUUAGUUGGGAGCCCAAAAACUGUUCAUUGUGCUGUAGUAAUCUAUCCUUCUUGGUGACUUAAGUACAAAUGAUCCAGUUUUGUACUUAAUCCCCAAGAUGGAUUUGCUUUGUAAUACUCUUGUCUACGAAGCCCAUCAUGGCAUGGCCUUCAUAUUAUGCUUAAUUAUGGUGCUUGUGUAAAUGAGAGUCUGGUGAAAUUUUGUGCACUUGUUAUCCCAACUUUAUAUUUGGGUC